GGGCUGCCAUGGGCCGCUACCGCAUCCGCGUGGCCACCGGGGCCGCAUUCUUCGCCGGGUCGCACGACCGCGUGCAGCUGUGGCUGGUCGGGGCGCGCGGGGAGACGGAGCUGGAGCUGCAGCUGUUGCCGGCGCGGGGCCAGGUCAGCGGGCGGAGCGGGGACAGACCCCGGCCGGGACGCGGGAGGCCGGCGAGGGGCGGGAUCCGAGGGCGAAACGACUGCGGAACCGUGCCUGCUGGGACUUCCAGGUGUUGGGACGCCCGGGCGGCUGGGCCAGGAGAGGAUCGGGAGCCAGGACCCGGGCUGAGCGCAUACCCCUUCUCCCUUCCCGCCGGCCCUGGUCCUCGCAGCCUCCAACUCCUUCUCCAAAUGACCCCAGGCCAGUGUCAAUAUAGGAUCAGAAGUCAAGUGGGACGCUCCUAGGAAUGAGGGAGCGGGGAGAGCUCAGUUAAAGGACCGAUGAAGGUGCUGAUACUCAGACAUCAAUUCAAGACACUGCGGGCCACGCGCCACGCUCCCUCUUCCUCCCGGUGCGAUGGGGAGUCAGACACACCGCGCAGAUGUCCGGAGGAGGGAACGAGGGAGGCUGUCUUUGGAGGCCUUGUCAACGGAGGCUCCACAAAGGAGGAGGAGUUUGAGCAUGACAUUCCCGAGGACUUGGGACCACUGCAGUUCGUGAAGCUGCGCAAACACCACUCCCUGGUGGACAACGCGUGGUUCUGCGACCACAUCACGGUGCAGGGCCCUGUAGCCUUCCAGGAGGCCACCUUCCCGUGCUACCGCUGGGUGCAGGCCGACAGCGUGCUGUGCCUGCCCGAGGGCACCGCCCGCCUGGCAGGAAACAACGCAUUGGAUGUGUUCCAGAAACAUCGAGAGAAGGAACUGAAAGAAAGACGUCAGAUAUACUGCUGGGCCACAUGGAAGGAAGGGUUACCCCUGACAAUAGCUGCGGGCUGUGAGGACGAUCUACCUGCCAAUAUGAGAUUCCACGAGGAAAAGAGGCUGGACUUUGAGGGGACACUGAAGGCAGGGGCUCUGGAGAUGGUCCUCAAACAUGUUUACACCCUCCUGAGCUCCUGGAACUGCUUUGAGGAUUUUGAUCACAUCUUCUGGGGCCAGAAGAAUACCCUGGCUGAGAAGGUUCGCCAGCGCUGGCAGGACGAUGAAUUGUUUGGCUACCAGUUCCUCAAUGGCACCAAUCCCAUGCUGUUGAGACGCUGCACCUCUCUGCCCUCCCGGCUAGUGCUGCCCGCGGGGAUGGAGGAGCUACGGACCCAGCUGGAGAAAGAACUCCAGAACAGUUCCCUGUUUGAGGCUGAUUUCAUUCUCCUCGAUGGAAUUCCAGCCAAUGUGAUCCGAGGAGAGAAGCAGUACCUGGCUGCCCCCCUCGUCAUGCUGAAGAUGGACACCAGUGGGAAGCUGCUACCCAUGGUCAUCCAGAUCCAGCCUCCCAGCCCCAGCUCUCCGACCCCACCACUGUUCCUGCCCUCAGAUCCUCCACUUGCCUGGCUCCUGGCAAAGUCCUGGGUCCGAAAUUCAGAUUUCCAAUUGCACCAGCUCCAAUAUCAUCUGCUGAACACCCACCUGCUGGCUGAGGUCAUUGCUGUGGCCACCAUGAGGUGCCUCCCGGGGCUGCACCCGGUCUUCAAGCUCCUGAUUCCACACAUCCGCUACACGAUGGAAAUCAACACCCGGGCACGGACCCAACUCCUCCCAGACGGAGGUAUAUUUGAUAAGGCAGUGAGCACCGGUGGAGGGGGCCACGUGCACUUGCUCCGCCGGGCCCUGGCUCAGCUGACCUACUGCUCCCUCUGUCCUCCCAACAAUCUGGCUGACCGCGGCCUGCUGGGAACCCCGGGUGCUCUCUAUGCCUGCGAUGCUUUACGGCUCUGGGAGAUCACUGCCCGCUACGUGGAGGGGAUCAUCCACCUUUUCUACCGCGGGGAUGACGUCGUGAGAGGGGACCCUGAGCUGCAGGCCUGGUGUCGGGAGAUCACUGAGGUGGGGCUGUGCCAGGCCCAGAACCGAGGUUUCCCCAUCUCCUUCCAGUCCCAGAAUCAACUCUGCCAUUUCCUUACCAUGUGUGUCUUCACGUGCACUGCUCAGCAUGGGGCCAUCAACCAGGGCCAGCUGGACUGGUAUGCCUGGGUCCCUAAUGCCCCAUGCACAAUGCGGAUGCCCCCACCUACCACCAAGGAAGAUGUGACAGUGGCCACGGUGAUGGGCUCACUACCUGAUGUCCGACAGGCCUGUCUUCAAAUGGUCGUCACAUGGCAUCUGGGGCGCCGCCAGCCAGACAUGGUGCCUCUGGGGCAUCACAAAGAAAAGUAUUUCUCAGACCCCAAGGCCAAGUCUGUACUAAACCAAUUCCAAACAGAUCUGGAAAACUUGGAAAGGGAGAUUACAGCCCGGAAUGAGCAACUUGACCUGCCCUAUGAAUACCUAAAGCCCAGCCUCAUCGAGAACAGCAUCACUAUCUGAGCUCCGGGACACCCCCACCGGGAAGACUGCAGAUCAGCUCUGGGACUGACAGUUCCAUAUUGAGUUUCAUGGUUUCCUAGUCUCUGCUGCAGAGGCUCUGUUUCCUCCCCCAAUUAAAUCCCCUCCAUCUGCAGCCCAUGAGCCCAAGGGCCUUUCCUUUUCUGUAAAGGGCCUGAUAAGAUGUUAGGCUUUGUAGGCCACACAGUCUGUCACAGUAACUCAGCUCUCCUAUUGUAGCACGGAAGCAGCCACAGGCACCGUGUAAAUGAAUGCUGUGUUCCAAUAAAACUUUAUUUACGGAGA